AUGGCAUCGAUUGAAACGACGGCUAUCAGACGGAUGCGCAAGCAAGUCACCCGGGCCUGCGACUUCUGCCGGGCGCGACGAAUCGGCUGUGAUAGUAGCCAACCCUGCAAAGCCUGUCGCCAAAGAGGGCUGGCAUGCACGACAACAGGUGAAGAAGGAAGUCCGAGAAGUUUGCCUGCAGCACAACGAGAGAUUGAGCAGCUCCUGCGAAAGGUCAAGGAUCUGGAGGCGGAGGUGGCAGACCUGAAACAGCGUCAACCGGCAUCACAGCUCCAAGCCGUCAUCGGCGACUCUCGGUCGCAGUCGCAUUCAUUGUCCCCCUCCAAACCUUGUUCCCGUCCACGGCCACAAUGGGAGGGCAUUCAUGUGGCAACGUCCGGCUCCGACCAGGCAUCCUACUACGGCCCAUCGUCGUCGUACUACCUCGUCAGCCGCAUGGGAGGCUACCUGGGCAAGAUGCUGAAGCAGCCGUACACGGAGAAGAGCCUCCAGCCCCGGAGCACACGGGCAGACAUCUACCAGAACAGUCCGGCCGUGAUUGACGAGGGAGCAGCAAAGCAGGGCGAACCUCAGAAUCCUCGCCAUGUGCACACAGGUGCCCUGAGCCGGGCGCAAGAAGAGUCCGUCCUGCGGCUGUUCUGGGAGGGCUACCACUGCACAAUGCCGAUUGUGGACGAGACAGCUUUUCGAACAUCUUAUGCUUCGCUGUGGGAGCCGUCGCGAUCUGUCCGGCGGCCGUGUCCUCUCGUCGACUGCAUCAUUGCGCUGUGUCUGCAGAACGGCUACGCCUACAUUCCGAAGCCGAUUUCGAGGCAGGCGUCGGCUGGCAUCGACAACACCGACGACGACAGCAGAGAGGCCGUUGACGAUGCAGCCGUGGCGGGCCGAUGGUAUUUCCUGCGUGCACAGUCUGGCCUGACGGCGGAUCUCGAGAGCCCGUCGCUGGAGACGGUGCAGUGCUACAUCUUCAUGAUCUCGUACCUCUGCUGCGCCUCCUUCCAGAACAUGUGCCAUGUCGUGUCGGCACAGGCUGUGCGGACAGCCCAUAUUCUGGGUCUGCAUCUGGAUCCGUCGUCAGAUCUGCCGCACGGCGAGAGAGAGCGACGUCGCCGCAUCUGGUGGGUGUUGUGGUCCUUCGAUGCCAAGGUCUCGACCAAGCACGGCCGGCCGCUGGUGAUUGACCAGGCCGACGUCACGGCAGCCCUGCCGUCGGACGACUGCGAGGCGGCAGCCUACAACGGCUCGACGCUGGGUAUGUGCGGGCCGCUGGCCGGGGGAGGGCCCGGAGGAGCCUCCGGCGAUGCCGUCACCUGGCUGACGUAUGCGAGGCAGAACCAGAAGCUGCACCUCGUCAUGACCGACAUCCACCAGGCGCUCUUCUUCCGCUGCGGCGAGGUCGUUCACGAGAGGGCGCUCGCAUGCAUCUACCACGACCCAGCGGCUCUGGAGGACAGCGCUGGCUUCCUGGCUGCCCGACUGCCACAGAUGCGCGACUGGGCCAGCGCCGUGCCGUCUACUCUCCGAACGCGUCGCCGGCGAGGUGGCCAGCCCUAUUCGACCGACCGGUCACCCCUGGACCUGGACGACGCACUCGCGCCCGUCUGGCUGCAGCGCCAGGCCGUCAGCCUCGAGCUGACCUACCACGCCCUCGUCGUCCAGCUGACGCGGGCCUUUAUCACCUUUUACAAGCACCCGGGCACGUACACGCCAGCAGUCGACCGUCUCGCUGCCACCUGUGCCGACCACGCCGUCGCCUUCACCCACCUGAUGCACCAGGCCGUGACCGAGACCGACCUGAUGGCCGGCUGGUCCGAGUACUUUAGCCUGCAGUGGAGUGCCUCCCUCGUCAUGGUCGCCUUUGUGCUCGCCUACCCCGUCCAUGCGGCCACGCCGCGGGCCAGGGCUGCUCUCGAAAAGGCCGUCGCCGUGUUUGUCGUCUUUGGCGAGCACUUUGCUCUGACAGCCGUCGAAGAUGACCUGGCCUGGCUCGAUCCCAACCGGCCAGACGAUAUGGCCGGGGGGCCGUACGUUCCGUUCAAUAUGGACUGGGCCAUCUCUGUGGACAAUUUCAACAGCUUCGACAAGUUCUUUGACGCACAUCACUCGUCUGACUCGUGGGCUUUUCUAUCAUCGUGA